AUGGCCCAUAAAAUUUAUCGGGAAACCCUUGUGCUUCAACUUGUACAAAAACUUUUGGACGAAAGUCCAUCCUCAACAGCAUAUGACGUCAGCGUCCGACGUACUUUGUACCUUUCGUUGGUAAAAUCCAAUCUAUGUUAUGCCUGUGAAGUUUGGUCCCCAUACAUCUGCUCACAGAAGACAAAGAUAGAGCGUGUGCAGAGACGAGCCACUAGAUGGAUAUUGAAAGCUAGAAAAGGUGAUUCCAGCUACAAUGAGCGUCUCGUUGAUCUGAACUUACUACCUUUGUGUUAUGAUAGAGAGAUAAAAGAUCUAAUGUUCUUCUACAAGGCUCUUUAUGGUAUUUCCGAUCUCAAUGUUCAUGACUAUGUCUCGUUUGUAACCCAUAACCACUCCCGUCUAUGUCGUAAUCCCAACCUGUUGCUCAAGACUCCAUUGUGUAAAACCACAACAUAUCAGAACUCAUAUUUCAACCGGAUCGUGAAAUUAUGGAACAGUGUUUGUAAAGUAGCUCCACCAAAUACAUUUUCUAGUGUCAAAACAUUUAAAUACUACCUCUUUAAUUAUUAUUCUAUGUUAGUAUCGACCGUAUUCGAUGUAAACUUGUUAUGUACUUGGUCUAUGUCACGUGACUGUUCCUGUCAUAAGAGUUAAUUGUCUUAUUGUAUAAACUUGUUAUUAGUAUUUACAUAGUAAACUAUAUUUACAUGUAUUCUGUUGGAAAGGUGCCUUGCAUGGAUAGCGCAAAUUAUUUCCGUUCCGUUCGCACCUCUUCCAUUUGGGUAAUAUUCGUUCUUCGCAUGCAUAGUAUUAGUACGUCUUUUGUAAAUAAUUAUUAUAUUUACCCAAUAAAGUAUUUAAACAUAUUCUCCAGAAAGAGGAAGACCAACUCAAGAUGAGUCCAGGCUGAAAGGAAAACACUUUCAGACAACUUCAGAGAAGAGAAAGAGAUGUGUGGUGUGUGGCUAUCAAAAAUCUAACGGAAAAUAUAAGGAUACAAAGACAUAUACAUAUUGCGCUAAAUGCAAGAAGCAUAUAUGUAAGAAUUGCUUUGAAGACUACCACACCCGUCUUGUGAUAAAAAAAUAA